AUGGACAGCGGCGGCAACAGGAGCGGCGCUGCCGGGGGAGGGGACGGCGCGUGCAGCGGCGGCCACCUGUGCCACCUGUGCGGGUACAAGUACGCGAGCGCGCACCCCAGCGCCAAGCAGCGGCGCGCGCACCGCAAGAACUGCGGCGCUGGCGGCGGCAAGUCGCCGCCCACCGCCGCCGCCGCCGCCAGUGCGGAGGCAGAGGAAGAGCGCCAAGGCAAGAAAUUGGUGCCAGGUGAGGAUGUCGGAGGAGAGGGAAAUGGGGCGCCUGCUUCGGAUUCUGGCGCCGUUUUGCCCGGAUCUGCGGAGGAUGUUGGGAACGCAGUAGAUGACGACGACACUGGAGUGCACUCUUCCUCUAAUAGUGCCGGAGUUGACGUCAUUAUCAAUGAUGUGACUUCUGAAGGGCCUCCUAAGGCUAAUGGAACUGACGUUCAAACUGAAGUUGAUCUGCCGCUGCCUGAAAGCGCACCGCAUUUUCAAGAUUUGUAUCCGUCUGAAUCACAUUGUAGUGGUGAUCAGCAUCAGGAUGCCUCCGCUUCCCAUUGUCAGUCAGAGCCUGAAGAUGGUGCAAGAUUCAGUCCAGACUUCUCUGCAGAUGAAACAAGCAAGUCUAAUGCUGUGUCCCUGGCAUCAGAUGCCGCUUCAGGUGAAUUUUCUGCACAAACAAUUGCUACAGCUGGUAGCACUGAUGGUAUUGCCGUUACUGAAAACGAUUGUAUGAUCAACACCAUUGAUGAAGACAAAACUAGUGAGGGCAUGUUGGUAAAAGGUAAUGAGGUUGAUUCGUUCUAUCAAGAGAAGCUGCAAACCAAAAUUGUUGAGGGGCAUAGUCCUACUACAGUGGAGGAAGAUCUAUAUGUCAACAACUUAGGUGUGGUUCCCGGAGAGCAAAACCCCAGUGAAGACACUGAAUCCAAGGACGAAAGCAGGGUUAUCGAACCUAACCCAGUUGAGCAAGUUUGUACCAUCAAGGAACCUGUCGAUGUACUUGGGAAUAAGGAGCCUUAUACUGAUAAUAAUGCCCACACAGAUGAUACCAGUAGUGAUGAUUUAUCUCAACUUGCUGGUGGUUGUCAUUUGGAGGCAGCAGAUGUUGUCGAAACACAACAGCAAAUUGAUUCUACUUCUGUGGUAGCAGAUCAGCUGACAAACUCCAAACAGACGGGCCUUGAAGAAGGGUCAAGCUAUCCUGGUGCAGAUGAGGUUACCCAAGCUGUAUCAAGUGCAACAGAGCCUGCUGUGGAUAGUCCUGUUGCUGAGGUCAUAUCAGCUGGUAGUGCUUCUGAUGUUACAAAGAAAGAUACCUCCGAGGUGACAACAGAAGAUGACACACAGAAUAAUUCAAGCCAUACAAGUGAUGUCAUUUCCAUGCCAUCUCAAAUUGACCCAAUAGAGCCUAGCUUAGACCCUACUCAGGAGAUCAGUAUGAGUAGCGAGCAUGAUGUUGAUGAGAAUAAACAAAUUGAGAACGUUAGUGUGGACCUUACCUCCCGUGAGACUAAUGAUGUAUGCAGUACGGAUAACAUCGAAGAGAUUAAGCAGAUUGAAGAAAUCAGUGCAGAAGAUGGUACUCUGAAGACCAGCAUAUUACAGAGUGCAAGUAGUGUUGAGGAAAAAGAACAGAUUGAAGAGGUGAUAGCAGAUCCUGCUUCUGACAGUAUCGAUGUGAUAAGCAGCAGAGACAUAAUUGUGCAAAAGGAACAGAGUGUUGUCCAUGUCGGAACUGCUCAUGAGAUAAAUGUGGUGGAUAUCCCAGCUAUAGUUGAAUCAGAGAAGCACGGUGAAGAAACUACCGCAGACCUCCCAGCUAUAGUUGAAUUAGAGAAGCACGGUGAAGAAACUACCGCAGACCCUACUGCUCAGAUGACGAACAUUAUUACAGAUAAAGUUGAAGAAAAGAAGCAAGAUGAAGAAAUUACGCCAGGUCCUGCUCCUCAUGCUAUUAAUGUGAUACACGAAGACAAUAUGCAGAAUGAAGACAUGACAGAGAUCCCUAGUUCUCACGAAAAUGUACUUGACGACACAGAUAUUGUUAAAGAGAAGGGUGAAGAAACUAUGUCAGAGCCAACCUCUCACAACACUGAUGCGGUAAGCAUUGUUGAUGCCGUUGAAGGAAAGGAGAAAGAAGAGGUAACUCCAGAAUCUACUCUUGAUGUUAGCUUGGUCCACACCAUUGACAAUGUCAAAGGAAAGGAGAGUGAAGAGCCUACUUCGGACCCUACAUCCGUCAAUGCCGGAGGCAAUGCAGGUACUAUCCUUGUCGCGGACUCUAGUUCUCACAUGAACAGCACACCACAGGGCACAAAUGAUGCCAAAGAAGAGAACCGGGAUGAAAACACUGCCGCGGACCAUGCUCGGACUGAUGGUGUUGAAGAAAAGAAGCAGAAGGAAGAGACUGCAGCAGAGACCAACACCAAGGAUAGCGCGAAUGACCAUCCAAAUGAAGAGAUCACAGACAAGGAAAUGACAAUAGAUUCAGAUAAGAGCCAUGUGUCCCUGAAGUCCCUUCUCUCCGAGAAAGGCAUUGAAUUUGAAGUUAAAGAAAAGAAGGCGAGCACCAAGGACCGAAUGCUGUCGUUCAGGCGCCGAUCGUCGAAGGACAACCCUUCGCCUGUCAAGCCUGGUUCCGAGCAGCAAGACUGGAACUCUCCGGCCAGGUUACCGGUGGAGAAGUCGCCGAAAGGGAAGAAGCAGCAGUGGAUGCCGUUUAUUUGCUGCCACUCCAUGAACUGA